AAACCCCAAGAAUAGGGCAGAAUCCGGCAAAUAUUGAGGGACGUUAUCAAAUAUCUGCGGUGGAGGGAAUUUUAAGUUACAAGGUUCACGUGAAUUUCUGCACCCUGGUCUCUUAUCCAUGAACAUUUCCUGCUUUCUUUCAAGUACAACGUAAUUUGCUAUGAAUCAUGGGAAGAUGAUGAAACACCAGGCUUGUCAUAUCACUCGGACAAAGAACUUUCUUGGGCUAUGGCAAUUCCGGGCUCAGCAUCACCCUAAACUUCCGGUUGUUCCUGGGAAGAGCCAUAAAAUUUUGGGAAGCAACUAUGAGGAGAUGUCAAAGGAAUCAUUGCUGACGGCAGAAUUAUCCGAUGGCAGUAACCGGGGUUCAGUGGAUCCAACACAAGUUCCGAAAGGGUUCAUAGCAGUUUAUGUAGGGCCAGAGCUCCGUAGGUUUGUGAUUCCAAUGAGCUACUUAUCGAUGCCAGAAUUUAAAAUUUUGAUGGAUAAAGUUGCAGAGGAAUUUGGAUUUGAGCAAGAAGGAGGACUACAAAUUCCAUGUGACGAACAACAUUUUGAGCAGAUAUUGCUUAAGUGUACGGCACUCCAGCAAAUGUCUAAGAACAAGAACAAGAACAAUAAGAAGAUUAUUUUUACGUAGAAUUGGAGAUUACAUUCUAGACAUUCGGUAAAGUUUGAAUAUGAUUUAAUUUUUGGUGAAUAUAACUUCAUUACGUAGUUUAUCUAAUUGCUCAAUGAGAUCUUGUCUUAGAUAAAGAGGAGAAUUUAGAACUUUCAAGUAUCAUGUUGAAACCACACAUGUCCAAAUCAGUCUAAUUUUAUAUUAAUUUUUGUCAAUAGUUAA